UUAUACCCUAACCAUAUACUUUAUAUCCUAAACAAUGAACCGUCAAAGAUUACUUAUCAAGUUUAGAAUAAAUUGUUGUAACUAAUGGUUAAUUCAUUUAUUAGCCCAUAAACAAUAACAUACAUGAUGACUCGGUAUUUGCACAUGUUUUCCCCUUUGUUUCUUGAUUGUUUGAGCUUGAAUUAUUGCGUCUUUGGCCUAUUUUAUGCUAGGUUGUGUUCCUUUGUCCCAUUUCAGGUCCUAGCACAUAAAGUGAAGCAUAGGCGCAAGUUUCAAGUCAAUCAGAGAUCAAUUGACGAUUCGAGAGAAGAAACUCGGGCAUGACCUGAAGAAGAAUGGAUUUCUACCUCACUUUAUGGACAAAGAAUCAUGCAAGCUUGUUAUGAAACGAAAGAGGACGAGACUACGAGCGUCUGGGAUCAAACGGCGAUUGAUUCGGAGUCCGGACAAGGGAGAAACGAAGCAUUAAACAGAGGCUGAGCAAGCUGCACGGGCAGACCAGGGAGGCUGCAUGGCCGUGCGGGAUCGUGCGUGGGCACGCACGGGAUUGUGCGUGGCCACGCACGGCCGUGCAAGUGACCAGUUUGGCCGUGCGGGAUUGUGCGUGGGCACGCACGGGCACAAGUGAAAUCCGCACGGCCGUGCAACAUACAAUUCUGGCCGUGCGAGUUGGCUGAGGUUCAACUAAUUGAUACGCCGCGUUUUGAGGUGCACGGCCAGAAUGGUGAUGUGCACGGCCGUGCACCCUGGCCGUGCGAGUCGGGAAUGGCUGUUUUUAACCCAAAUUCGAGCCAAAUGAGAGGGAGAGCUGGGUUUUGGAUCCCAAACACCCAAGGGACGAACCCUAGAGAGAGAGGGCGAUUUGAGGGCAUUCUUGGAGUAGAGAAGGAGGAUUUCUUCGCCUUGGAAGCUCGAGGAACAAGCCCGGACUUGAAGACUGAUCAUCUGAAGAUUCUUACUGCAGUCUCUCUCUUCUCUAUGGAGUAACUUCCCUUCACUUAGGUUUUGAGGAACCCUAGCUAUGUUUGAUUGGAUGAUUGUAUGAGUACUCUGACUGGAUAAUCUUGAGUUCAUAUUCAAUCUAUGCAUGUUUUCAUGAUUCAAUUCUGCUUUAGUCGAGAUUAUUGAUUCUGCUUUGAUCCUAUGAGAGGGAAUACCUGAUUAGGUCAAUAGAGCUCCAUAGAUUGAUAGUAGUGGAUCGAUUGCUUUAGUCGAGGGUUGAUUCACUGCUUUGUAUCGAUUGAGAACCUCUUUCGAUAGAGGGAGUCUAGUUCAGAACGCCUUGAUCAGUUGUUCUAGAGAAGGAUACGUCCCUCUAGGCAAUUGACUCAAGAGGGCCUUGUUCCUUUAGUCGAGACUCAAGGUCUAGUCAAGGAUUCUCCGCAUUGUGAAUGAAAGUGAAACAGGUUAGAGAUCAUCAAUCAUUAAUCUGGCUAGUGGCUAGGGGGAAUCAUACCUAAGUGAGUUCCCAACCUGUAAUUAGAUUAACUUUAACUGUAGUUUGCUAGAGUAGUUUUAGUUCUUUCAUCUUAAUCUGAUUUGCUAAAUAAUAAACUGAAGUUGAGUAAUAGUAACUCUAGAGACCCGUGGAUUCGAUAUUUAUCACUUGAGCCACUAUACUGCAGUCCCUUUCAUUGGUUACACUUGGCCUUUGUUAGGAGUUGUGUCGUAGCGAGUCAAGUUUUUGGCGCCGUUGCCGGGGACUUUCUAGAGUAUUAGGAAAGGCAGAAGUUUGUUACUUUAGCGUUUUUCGUUUCUUUUCUUUUCCACCCUUGCUUUUCACUUGGGUGUUUUUGUUUUUGUUGGUGCAGAUCUGAAUCAUGGAUCCUAAUGGCUUCUCCAAUCAUUGGGGGUAUCCACCACCAUCUGGGUGGUAUUACCCCGAGACUCCCUGGAGCAAUCAAGGCGGAGAAGACUAUGGAUUCGGGUUCCAGUACCAACCCCCUUACUACGGAGAACAACCGGACCCCUGGGCAUAUCAAGAACAACCUCAUUAUCAAGAAGAAUUUCUCCCACAACCAGAAGGGCCAUCAGCGCUGGAGUUACUCAUGGAGCAGUUUGCUCGAGACUGUGAGAGAACAUGCUCCAGGAUGGAUCAGUGUGUCCAGGCCUAUCGUGAAACAGAUGAGAUCCUCCUGAGCCUUAAGAAGAGCGUCGAUGAUCUUGAGCGAUCUUGGGCGCAACCUGCUCCAGAUCACCCUUCUGCUACCCUACAAGAAGAGGAGGAGGAAGAAGAAGGCUACAAGGGCAUUGUGGAACACACUGAAGUUGUCACGGAGAGCUCCCGUGAUGAUCAUGAUCAGGCGUGUCAUGUCGUAGCCGACCACACCUUCCCACACCCCAAACUGAGCUUUGAAGAGGCGGGCAUGAGUGAGGAGAUGCAGGAAGAUCUCAUGAAAGAAAUUGCUUGGCAACUUGCUCUCCAAUCCGUGCUAGAAGAAGAAGAGCAAGAAAGGGUGCAGAAAGAAGUUGUGGAGGAUGACGAAAGUGAAGCUGGAGGAGUUCUUGAUCAUUUCCCAGGGGUGAUACCACAUGAAGAAGGAAGGGAGGUUGAAGAGGCGAUUGGCGUCCAGGCUGAGAACGGAGUUAAGGUGGAAGAGGCCUGCACCGGCCAUGAGUUGCAAGUGAUAUCCCCACCAAACUUUGAGGAACUGCUUAGCAAGGACCCAUUUGCAGUGUCUCUUUGCCAGACCAAGGCCACAUCAACAUCAGUCCCUCUUGGUGGACGCGAUGGUGGCCAAUCGAUACGGUCAUAUCUGGUUUGGGGCAAUGAGACGAGAGAAAAGAAGGAGAGGUCUCGAGGGUGGAGACUUCAUCUGCAUCAAGUACAUGAGCCUUCAUCACCUGCCACAUCACAUGCUCAUGACUUGAGACUCCACCUCAUCGACGAGAACCUCAACUUCAAGGAGGUUCUAGCAUGGACCGAAACUUAGGAGCCAUCGUCCGGCUCACGAUGUGAAAGAAGCGCUUGUUGGGAGGCAACCCAACCAGUCGGUUUGCAUUUCUGUCUCUAUUUCUCCUCGGUGGAGUCAGUUUUGUUCUUUGAUUUUAGAGUCAAUAACUCAACUUUUGUGAGAUUUUGUGUGGUGUUUGUGUUCUGAUUACUCUCUCUUUCUGGAAUGCACCGCCUGACCCGUUCAUCAUCAUUCACCCUUGAUCUGGUAACUUCGUUCUACCCUCCUUAUCUUUCCUCCAUUGAGGACAAUGUCGUGCUUAAGUGUGGGGGGAUGUUCGAUUAUGUAUGCGGGUGAAUGUUUGGCUGUUUGUGUGCUUGGAGCCUAGUCCACUGUCCAAAUUUUUAAAUUUGAGGGCUCCAAGUACGUGUUCCAUGCAAUUGCCUGCUCAGUAUGCUUUGAAUUGACAGUCUUUACAGUAAUAUGCAACCUAGGGAGGUAGUGUAGCACUAUGGAGGAUGUUGAUGCAUUUAAGAAGUCUCAUUUCUUCUUCAUAUAAAGUUGGUUGAUUGAGUGAAUUAGUGAUCUUAGGACCCUUGAAUUGUGUGGUGUUGUGGAUUCUCUACCUGUCAUGGACUCUUGUAUCAUGUUUUGAAAGUAACAGGUGCUCGAAAAUGUGCUUCAAAAUAAACGUCUCCCGUGCGA